AGCAUUGAUCUAGAAACAUUGACAUUAUAUAUUAUAUAUAUGUAUAGACAUAUAUUAAAAAAGACCUUGCUCUCUAUGAUUUUGAAUUUAACAAAUUUUGCAGACAUCUAUAAAAGCUUUGUCUUGAAAUUCUUAUUUUCUACAGGAGUUGUUUGCAUUGAUGGAAGAGGACUCCGAUGAAGAGGACGAGUUGUCGGAGGAAACUAUCACUGGGCAGUUGAGGACAAGAACUAAUGUAUCAUCUGCUCCUAUUAUCAAUCCGGGGGAGACUGCUUCUGUGCAUCAGGAAGCCGAAUCUUGCAUUAUAUGCCAGCAUGAAUACAAGGAUCAAGAGCAGAUUGGAACCCUUGAUUGUGGGCACGAGUAUCAUGCGCAUUGCUUAAAGAAGUGGUUGCUCGUGAGGAAUGUCUGCCCAAUGUGCAAAUCUACAGCACUCUGAACACACGAAGGAAUGAGUUAUAAAUGUUAAAAAUGGGGAGAUGGUUUGAAAGAUUUUCACUGUAAAGCUAGCUGCCUCAUCAAGUUGAGAUCCUGUUUCAUAUGUUAGCAUGGAGGAGUAACAGUUGCAUGUCCGACUCAUUUAUAUGCUGGUUUCUGGAAAAUGGCCCAGUGGUUCCCGUCUUGACAACAGCUGUAGAGACUUUUUGUCCAAUUAUGACUUGGAUCGGAAUGAAAUUCAUUACUUUUUUUGUUCA